CUUCAGUCUUGCAACGGACGGCGAACAGCGCAUGAAUCGACGCGCUACCCGAGCGCUCGCGUUUCAACUGUGUUUAUCUUACUGAUUUUUCAAAUAAAAUUGUGUAUUUCAAGCAAAUAUCGGUGCGUCUUAAUUGGGAAUUGGAAAAUAAGUGAACGCAUUAAUAUCACAAUUGUUGCGAUUAAUCGCGUUGCAUUAUUGAUGAGUGUUGAUUGAAAAGUGAACGUGAAAGUGUUUGUGCGCGUACGAGUGCGUUGCAUGGACGACCACCAAACUGGUUGAUCCAUAGCGCGCCGUGUUGGAAUGGUUGAGCGCAGACGCGCGCAAUUGUCAACCAUCAAGUGGCGGUAACAGCAUCAACCAACGAAAUCAGUGUGGCUGUCAUCGCACGAUACUUACGCCAUCUUUACUUUCAUCAUUGAUAUUUGCCACAAUGUACAUACAUACAGUGCACACAUAUAGUAUGUGGAUGGCAAGUGAUGUGGUAAAAUGAAAAAAGAAAAAUUUUGAAAAUAAAAAAUUUAAUUAAAAAACAUUGUUUGAAGCCGAAGUGCUGAGUGAAGUAAAGCUGUACAGAUCACUAUCACUGAUCCGCCUGCCUUGCUACCACUUACCCACAUUUGUGCAUAACUACAUGCCAACCACAAAUAAUACAAUAACAACAAAUAGAAAACCGGUGACAGAAACUGUCACUUUCAAUGCAUUCGCGGCAAUAUUCAUCUGCUGUAUAGUUCAGCAAGUACAUAUGUACAUAUGUAUGUCAUAGAAAAGCUAAAUUUGUUUGCGCAUAAAUACCUGUUCGCGAAGUUUGGUUGAUAUUUGCAUGUACCGAAAGUGUCUACAUAAUUGGUUUGUGCAAUAAAAUAUUCACGCAUAUCGUAGCAAUUGCUGGACCGGAAGUCAAUAAGCAAUUUAUAUUACAGUUAUCUUACAUAUUCAAACAAGAAAGUGCCACAAUUCUUCAGUGGAUGUAUAUAUAAUCUGAGAGUUCAAUAAAAUUCCCCAAUACGUUGCAACAAGAAAUAUUAAAAUCCGCUGGAGUUUUAAGUAAUAAUUGUGUUGGAAACCGCAUUGUGUUUAAAUUGUGUUCUUUUUCACAGAAAUUUGCUUAAUAAUUGUGAGUGCAAGAGUGUAGAGUGUAGAUUUCAAAGUGUGUUUUUAUGAAAUUGAAUUGACGUAAUUGACGAAGUGAGUGCGCAGCUGAGUUCUUUGUAUUUCGCUGUGAUUUAUUUGUCGUUGCCUAUAAUAGGAAAUUAAUUGUUCACAAUGUUUGUCGCACACUGCCAAGUCUCCGGUGGAUCGUCAGCCACUUGUGCAGUGGCUGUCAUCUGCAACCGAAGUGAUUGCUGCCAAAGCGAAAUAUGCAACACCAAAGAACGUGAGCUGAUAGCUAAUCAAAUAAACAAACACAACAACAACAACAAAAACUUAGUGCAAAUAGUGUUUAAUAACGAAAACGAAGAGCAAAAUGUUGGACAGUGCAAACGAAACCAAAACAAUGUUGACCACAUUCGAUGCAGCAGUGUUGGCUACGGCCAAGCCUGCUAUUGAAGAUGCAAAUCAAAGUGCAUUAAUUACAACAAACUCAACCACACCAAAUUCAUCGCCAUCAAAGGCAAAGACACUUUUCAGUUGGUUUCGAGGUGGCAACACAAAACAAAUAAAUAAAUCCUAUAUAACGCAAAGUGAACAGCCGGACACAGGGAGUAGAGGAGUAGCUGAAGGGAGAGAAGUGCACACAGGGAGUCGUGCCAAAUCAUUAUCGCCACAAACACAGACUUCGACGAGUGCGACGGAACGCGACGUCACACCACGCGAAUUUCCAGGCGUUCAAAGUUUGCGACACUUGUGGAAUAAACGCAUUAGCGCUAGUGAGGACGCAACGCGCAGACAAAACUCACUAAGUGACAGCAAAGCGAACAAAUUAACAAAAUCAAUUGGCUGUUUAGUGAACGCAGCAAAGGGGGCAGUGGAAUCUUCGGCGAGUGCGGACGAAGACAUUGGCUUAAGCCAAAAACGCGCGCAUAGUCUACACGACUGCACACAGGUUGGCAUCCAUAGUGAGCCAGCUGCAGCUGUAUCAGCACACGCGUCGGAGAUCGACUAUUUACAUCGGGAGAAGGACAACUUUUAUAAGUACAAAACGGCCGAACAAGCAGCCAAACAUUUGACGCGCGAGGCGCGCAUGCGUCUCAAAAGUGCGCGGCGCGUCACCGCCGGCAUCGUUAGCAGUGAGACGCGAGACGACGAUGCGCACUUUCCAGCAGUGCAGGCGAGUGACCGCGGUGAGCGCAUACAUUGGCUGAAAAGGCAAGACAUGGUGACAAAGCGUCGCGAGCAUUCAGAAAUGGCAACGGUAAAUAGCCGUAUUGGCCAUGAAAAAGGCACAACGUUAUCAAAUGACGCAAUUGUUAUCAGCGAAAGAGCAAACACCGCAGCGCGCGUCACAACAACAAAUGGUACCGAGCCGACAACACCGACCACCCCUUUGGAGUGGCGCGAUCACCCUGCCGAGUCUUCCGAUACUGAUACGCUUGCUGCCAACAAUUCACCUCGUCUUUCGGCCAGUCGUAAGCGAAACGCGCAAUGCGAAACAGCGAAUACGUCGGUGGCGAAACGCAGUAGUAGCGAUUCGAAUAAAUCAAGUUCGCUAACACUAUCAACUUCGGGUUCGAUAACGAGUGGCGCGCAUACAGGGGGGCGCAGCGCGCGUCGUACCGCCUCCUCCUCAUCGUCCUCAGCAUCCGCACGCAAAUACAGUUUUAAAACACAUACGCGCACAUAUCAUGCACCCCGAAAAAUGAGUCAACGGGAUAGCGGUAGCUUCAACAAUGGCAAUGGUGGCUUUGGAGGUAGUGCCGCGAAUUUGGUGGGCGGGGGCGGCAAUAUAGUUGCCAAAUUAACACAACAAUUUAAUGAAAUGAUACAAAAAGACAAAAAGCUGCUCGAAGAAGUGAAGCGCAAGAAUGGCGUGCUGAUGUCACGCGGCGGGCAUGUUUACAAAGUGGUGGAGAACCCGAACGCUGCCUUAGAUAUUAACAAACGCAUAUUGCCCAGCGCAGGGCGGAGUACGCGCGAUUCGGAUGGAACCCCUUUGCGUUCAUCGACUGUGCAGCGAAACAUAAUGAAAUUUGAAGGAAAUCCUGAAGCCUCUAAGCCUGCGGUACCAGCCAAAAGUGCACAUGUACUGCAAAAGCUGCGCGAACUUAACAGAGCGCAACAAUAUAGUCUGAAUAAAAAUGUUGGUAGUGGUGGUGUGUCUAGAAACUUUAAGCUUCAUGUCACCCCCACAACAUCAAAUGAGCUGCAGCUGAAGCUGGAACUAAAGAAGGCGCAAUUGUCGUUGCCGCUCUCACCGCCGUUAGAAGUGGUAACCGAAGAGUCGAAAACACCGCUGGAAGCAUACGAACAAGCAAUCGGGAACUACUCGAUGGGCAUGACGCAGGUGGACGUGCCAAACACAAAAAAUGUGGAAAGCACGUACGGGCUAUACAAUAACGGUAGGAACAGCAACGUUGGUGACGCAAAAACAUUUAAUGAAGUUGACCAACGGCAAGGAGGUGCUCUAAAGCAAAUUGUUGACAGUACACGUGUUUUUGAUGAAUGCCUCAGUAGCGGCACUACGCAAGAGAUGAUCAUAACUAGCGUUAGUGAUGUGAGAAUCGAUGCGAAAAAAGUAGAAUACAACGAAAAAGCCAACGACAUGGAAUGCAAUACGAUUUGCAUUGAGGCGACGCCAGCUGCAGAUGCAAUUAAAACCGUUGCAAGUGAAGCAAUAACGGAGGCCACCACAAAAGCAGAGCUUAGCAUUCCCACGAUUGGUGCAGCACUGGAAACAUUAGAUAGCGUAGAUAGCAGAAAAACAACAGCAACAAUUACAACUCCAACGACGAGCGAUAUGCCAGCAAAAGAGAAUAUACAACAAACGCAGAACAUCGUUUCGAGUGAUGACCAAAUCGACGACGUCAACGAUGAGAAGGCCAAGCAACGCAAACACAAGUACGCGAAAAUUUAUGAAAAGUUCCGUUUUAGGUCACCAUUUCUUGGCGGCAACAGUAACAAAAAACUGUCGUCGAAGCAGCCGAUGCAGUCGACUACAAUCGCUGAAGAAAUCAAGCGACCAGCGGUUGAGUUAGCCGAAGACGCAGUAAUAACUAUAGAAACAACAACAACAGCGGCCCUUACGGCAGAGACUGAAGCGAUCAAAGAGGUCAACAAAACUAUAAAUAUCGUUAAUACAGCCGCACUGACACUUGAACCAGAAUCCAUGUUACUCGAUGCACUCGAAAUCAUCGAUCAUAAAUUAAAAGAUCUCGCAACCGAACAGAACGAUGAACAUGUUUCCGGUCUUGUACUCUCACCAGAGGAUGACUUUGAAAAACGUGUGCUGCCGAAUAACUCCUUCGUAUUCCAGUCGAGCACCAAGCAAGUUGCCAACAAUAAAUUGAUUGUGACACAGGCGGUGAAUGUCUCUCUAGUCAACAGUAUUGAGGGUGAACACCUGCUAAUGGAACAAAAAGCACUACUGCGUCAGCAAUGUGACUACAGCGAAUUGGUACGUCCAUUAAGUGUGCAAAUCGACCAACCAUUUUUGGUGGAACUUGAAGGUUUUAAAACGACAGAAGACACAGCGGCUGCGACUGAGCCAAUGUACGAACCCAUUGCUGGACAGACUGAUACCACAGAAGAACACUUAACAACAACAACCAACACAGCACCACAAAGUACCGCUAUACAUACACCACCAAAAUCUUUUCUCUACAACAGUUUAGCGGCAGCACAAGUAAAGAAGAUGCAGGCAACAAAUGAAGAAUCGGAAGAAAGCUUAAAACUCACUGAGCCAUCAGCAGACAGUAGUGAACUAUUUGAGGACAUUUAUCAAACAGUGGAUGAAGCUACAGCCUCAGCUAAGGCUACCGUGGCAGAGGCCACAAAUGUCGCACUCUUGGCUGAUUAUGAAUCCAUAGCGGGCUCUGCCGAACAAACUACGCAAGCAACUUUAGCGGCUGCUACUGCAAUACUUAGUACCAGCAAACCCUUGUACGAUGGCUAUGAGAUCUGCGAGCCUCCCCCGGACAUACCACCCGCACUUUCUAUGGCCGCAGUGCCUUCGAACGAUAGCACUUCCAGCAGUACAGGCGUCAAGCUGAUGCAACAAAUCUCCAUCGGUGGAGGAAACGUGCGUAAUACCAACGACGAACUGCCAGAGCUGCCGAAACCGAAACGCCGUCUGCCCAAAUCACCAAUGCCAGGCAAGCGGUCACCCAAGUCGGCAAACAAGAAUGCAGUUACACUUCGAGAAAACAGUAAGACACUUACCAGUCGAUUAGGUUGUAGCAAGAGCAGCAGCAAUAGCACAAUCCCUGGUAUGGAUGAUAAUGACGACGAGCAUCACUACUACGCCGAUGAUGAGAAUAUCUAUGACACCAUUAAAGGUUCGCACUGUUACGAAUCGGUGCAAACUGCUGGCAAUGCAACACAAAAAUCAAACCAAACUACAACAAAAUAUGUUAGUGAUAACAUUUCGCUCAACUCCAAUUGCUACGAGAGUAUCGCCCAAUACCGUCGUAUUAGUAACGGUACUGUCGUUGGCCAUUUGACGGGAAGUAGUAGCGGUUCGACGCUUACCAUUUCAUCAGAUCACAAAACGAAUAGUCUAUACGAGAUGUCUGUGACGGCGAGUAUGCUCUAUGGCACGGGCAGUCUGGGCUCAAGGCAGUCAUCGACAGCGGAUAAGUCAAGUGCAAGCAUUUCCGGACGCAUCGGCGGGUUAAAUAAUAAUGGCAGUGAUGAGAAUAGUGAUGAGCCCGUUGGCGCAAAGAACUAUACUCAAACGCAUUGCGGCACGACAAGUGACAACAGUGACGAAUGGGUGGACAUAUCAGACGCCGAGGCAGAGGGAGCAGAACAAACUGUGAAGCCGCAAUUUAUUGUCGUUCGUGAACGCUCCAAAGUACAUCGCAGUCCCGAUUGGUCGAAACGUGUUCGUGACAAAAGAUUACACCAGAAGAAGGCGAUUAGUUGUAUUGAAGAUGACUCCGAUCAUUACUAUGAAACCUUGUCGCCUUUGGGAAAUAAGCGCCACUCCACGUUACCUGACCAGCGUGCAAACAGCCAUAAUAAAUACAGUCAAGACGUGCCACAUUUCACGAAGAAUGGCUCACAGCGCAGUAAACAGUACUCGGCCUCGAUGCAUGGGCUCGGCACGUUGGCGGCGUCGGAUGAUUAUGACUCUUUCGACACAGACACUGACGAAAUCUAUGAAACUGAGGAGAAUAUAAAAAAUCACAACGACAGCGGUGUUGACAUACGUAAUGUAAAGCUUCCAGAUCCACCUCCUGCCACUAAUCAAGUGUACGCCAUUGUGCGGAAACUUAAAAAUUUCAUCUCAAAUAAGAAAUCUCCGGUUUCACAAUCCAAGUACGGUGACAGUCAACAAAAACUCUAUGAGAACUCUACGCAGUUCUAUGUGAGUGGCAAUAUAUAUGAGAAUACACCAAAGACUAAAUCCAAGGCACAGAAAAAUGUGAAAAAGACACCAACAGCGUCACAUGAACAAGACAUUUAUGAGAAUACUGAGUUCCACAGUCCACCAGCCAUUGUGGUAGAUGAUAAAGCAGUUAAUCCAGCAGACAAGACUCCAACUAAUCAAACAGAUUUGAAAACCGAUGCAACUAAUGCCACAUUACGUUCCAAAUCAAAGUCGGGCAAAAGCUUCAAAUCACGUUUACGUAAAAGUCUAGUUGGUUCUACAUUUGAUAUGAAGCAAUUGUCAUCGUUGUCGCCUACACGAAGCACGUUUUACGUAGAAGAUCCGACAUACGGUGGGUCAGGCGAAUUGGAUUCGGGCUUCUCAGAGAAAGCCUCAUCUGGUGACCUACCUACAGCGCCUACAAUACCCACAGCCGAGUCGCAGAAAUUUUCAACUGUAGCGCGGAAGGCGAAAAAAGAAGCUAAAGCAUUGAACUCGCAACGGCGGCGUACAACUAUUGGCAUACGCCCACAAGAUCCACCACCACCGCCACCCGUGGCUUCAUCUACAACCUCUUGGUACGCUGAAUGUGGUGUCUUUAAGAAUGCUACGGGCGAUGUGCUACCAGAAUCAGAGAUUUCACUUAACGAUAGUAAAGCGAGUCAGAGUGGAUCUUCGGUUUUCAAUGGCAAUUCGUGGUAUACUGAGGCUGGUCUGUAUCAAACCAGCGGCAUUUCUGUAGCAAGUUCAAGUGGUAGUUCCGGUGUGUCGACUGGCAAUGAAGGCGCGCUUGGUGAUGAUCUCCCACACAGUAUGUUCCAAAAUGAACCACUGUAUCAGAUCUACAACGCUGCAAAGAUAGAGUCGAUCACACGUGAUAUGGAGGGUCAUGACAGCUCAACAGAUGGUUAUGAGGAAAUUGCACAGAAUGGUACGAACGGUGCGUCGCGUGUAAGUAGUCUGAAAAAUCAGCGUCCAAGCGCUUUCCAAUUAAUUGAACCAAAGAACGGGCCAGCACGUACCCUGUGGAGUGAAAUACCAGAAGUCAUCAAUUCAUGUAUCCUAUCCACCCUACUGCCACGUGAACGCAGUUUACAGGAGGCAAAAUUCGAAAUCAUCACCUCCGAGGCUAGCUAUUUGAAAUCGCUCAAUUUGUUGCGUAGUCAUUUCAUGAAUCAUCCAAUAUUUCGGGACACGAAUGUAGUGAGCGCACGCGAUCGAAAAGCUUUGUUCGCCUACAUUGUACCGGUGCAUGAAUGCUCUGAAAGAUUACUCACUGAAAUGGAGUCAUGUUGGCAAGAUAACAUAAUGCUAAUCGGUUUGAGUAAACGUGUCUACACCAUGGCCGAGAAAUAUUUCCAUGUCUACAUCUCAUUCUGUGAACAUCAAGGGCGCAUGGACCGAACAUUGCGUCGUUUGAAGGAGACACGCGGUGUUUUCGCGCAAAACCUGCAACUACUCGAAACGAGUCCAAUCUGUUGCGGCUUAAAUCUACACUCUUUUCUCAUGUUACCCAUGCAACGCAUAACACGUCUGCCAUUGUUGAUCGAUGCCGUUUUUAGUAAAGUCAGUCCCAACGAUGACGAAUACGAGAACUGGAAAAUGACGUUGGCCAUCAUGAAUAAGAUAGUGACGCAAUGCAAUGAUGCAGCGAAUAGAUGUGAACAAGCUUACGAAAUUGAACGUAUUGCGAGCCAGCUGGAAUUCCCUUCGACAAUGCGUGCCUUAGCCAUAGCGCCUGUGGGUGUACCUGUAACUGGUUCAAAGCCUCGUUUCCUGGUGAAGCGCGGCCAGUUGACGCAUUUCGUUAUGCGCGGCGACGACGUAAAACUUACAUUCGGCAAGAAAAUCUCCAAGGUAGCGAUCUACGCGUUCCUCUUCUCCGACUUGCUCGUACUAACGAAGCGUAAGGGUGAGGAGCAAUUUAUAGUCUUCGAUUACUGCCCGCGUAGCAUGCUAACAAUAACAUCGGGCGACCUCAGAGACAUUAGUCAGACGCACAAAAAUCUAAUACUAAUGACGUUGUUAGAGAAUCAUGAACGAAAGACUGUGGAACUACUACUUUCUUGCCCAUCAGUUUCCGAACAGGAACGUUGGUUGCAGGCAGUUCGACCGCCCGAGCCGGAGACGCCUGGAGAAAAGCUUUACGAAUCCUGGGACUGUCCGCAAGUGAUAACGAAGCACGCAUACGAGCCCAAAGAACCGGAUGCACUGAGUCUGGAGGUUGGCGACGUCGUAAACGUAACGCGAAAAUUGCCAGACGGUUGGUAUCUGGGCGAGCGGAUACGGGAUGGCGUUGUAGGAUGGUUCCCAGGCAGUUAUACGGAGGAGGUGAAUUCAGCGCAUGUGCGCGCUCGCAAUCUGAAACAGCGUCAACGGUUGUUGACCUUUACCGCCACAUAUCUCGAGUCGCAAAAGCGCAAGUAGACGGAGUGUAUGAUCGCAUAACGGUGUGUCUCAAGGUGGUAACCGCUGUAUAAAAGAAGUAGUCUGUAAAUGUGGGUAUGUUUGUACAUGCGUUUGUGCCUUUUAUAUGAUAAAACUAGUUAAUAAAUAAUUGUUAAUGUUAUAAAUAAAAUUACUUAUAUAUCCAUACACAUAUGACUGCAACCAAUGCUUAUAUAUAUAAAUAUCGUUAAAAUCGUUAAAAUGUAUCGUAUAUAAUUUAUUAUUUAUUAAAAUUGUGAUAAAAAUGAUAAAUGUGUAUGUAAAACUCUGUUUAAUUUUUUGUUUGAUAUUUAAUCAAUAUUUUGUCUGUAUUUUGAACUCCUAAAAGUAAAAGUAGGUUAAAACGAAAAUUUGUUUACAAAUCAAAAUAAUAUUAUAUAUUGGAAAUGCGACAAAAAUGAAUACUUCUAGUUAAACGAUUAAACAUUAAAAUUGUAUGUAUAGGCGUAAUAUUUAGGAACUACGAUUAAUAUAAAGUAUACUAUAUAAUGUCAU